CAGACUUGGAUAGUGACGCAGGUGGAGGUGUACAGCUGGAGCAGCUGCAGGAGGAUCGUUGAGAGUUUGAGUCCUGACCUGAGAGAGUCCUCUUCGCGCUGUGUUCACACCUCAGACCUUCCUCUCGGUUCAGGAAACUUUCCUUUUCUCCGUGACUGUGAGGAGUCUGCGGGACACCGAGCACCGACACGUCACGGGUCACUGCCUCAGGUACUACAGAUGCAGGCAGUGGGCGGGGCCUGCGGUCUGGACGAUGACAUGCUGGACGGGGACCUGGGGGACGGGACCCGAGCUGCCCGGAAGUCCAGCAGGACAAAGAGUCAGAGCUUCAGUGGAGUCUCGGAUACACCUCUGACCCGAGCAGACAGACCUAGGGGCAGCUGGCAGGCUGGUGAGACCACCGGGAUCCCCGGACUGAAGACCACAGAGACCCUGCAGAGAGCCCGCUGGAAGCUGCAGUGCUCAGGCUCUCUGCUCGAGCUGUCCAGAGACGAGCUGAGAGACAGACUGCAGGAGGCUGCUGAGGUGAUAGACACUCUGUGCUGUGAGCUGGAGGUGGCUCAUCGAUACUUUGAAGGAAAAUUCAAAGCUAUGAAGAUUCUUCAGGGGAAGGCCAUCCUGGACAGAGCCACGUGUCACACUCAGAGCGUUCUGCUGAAGAGCGAGGAGAAGGCCAAAGCUCUGGAGAAGGAGGUGAACAGCCUGCAGUGGGAGCUCAGCUUCAACCAAGUCCAGAUGAGGAAGGUUCAGCAGUCCUGGGAGAACAACUACAACAGGGUUGUGAGUGAGAACCGCACUCUGACUGACAGCCUGGAGGAGAGAGGGACUGAGAUCCAGCAGCUGAGAGCAGACAACUCUGCUCUGAGCAGGCAGUGUUUGGAGCUUCUGUCCCUGUUGAAUGUGAAGGAGCAGAGAGCUUACCAAGAAACCAGACCCAAGUACAGCCGGGACAGAGACGCAGGUAUCCUGGAGCUGGCAGUGUUGGGGGCCUGCAGGUGUGCUGGUGUGGGUGAUGUCUGUCCGUGUAGUCGGGCUGCAGCUGCCAGCAGGAAGCAGCUCAUCCAGCUACAACAGGAGCUGGAUGCUCAGCGCUCAAGGAGAGAGGAGGCGUUGAUGGUUGCUGAUGCGUUUCGAAUCGCCUUCGAGCAGCAGCUGAGGAAACGCAGUGAUCACUUCCUGCUGCUCACUGAAGCUAACAUCCUGAAGUCUCACCACAGCAAGCCUGAAGGUGCUAACAGGAGUCCUCUGAUGAGUGUGAGUCAGAGGCUGAGAGGGUUACUGCCCUCAGGGCUGGACGUGAAGAUGUCUGAUGAUCUGUUGGAGACUCUCUACAGACUGCUGGACUUGCUGAAUGACAAAGAGGAGGCCCUGGCCCACCAGAGGAAAGUCAGCAUCAUGUUAGCCCACAGUGCUGAGGAGCUGCAGAGACAGCUGCAUCUGGAUUCACACUGCCAGCCACCACAGUCCAGGGCACCAUCAGAGUCCAGGGUUCCAUCAGAGUCCAAGGUCCCAUCAGAGUCCAGGGCCUCUUCAAAGUCAAGAAUCACACCAGAGUCCAGGGUCCCAUCAAAGUCCAAAGUCCCACAAGACUCCAGGGCCCCAUCAGAAUGCAGGGCCACAUCAGAGUCUAAAGUCCCGCAAGACUCCAGGGCCCCACCAGAGUCCAGGGCCCCACCAGAGUCCAGGGCCCCAUCAGAGUCCAGGGUUCCAUCAGAGUCCAGGGUUCCAUCAGAGUGCAGGGUCCCAUCAGAGUCCAGGGCCUCAUCAAAGUCAAGAAUCACACCAGAGUCAGAGGCCCUAUCAGAGUACAGGUUUCUAUCAGAGUCCAGGGUCCCAUUGGAGUCCAGGGUUUUAUCAGAGUACAGGGUCCUUUCAGAGUACAGGGUUCCAUUGGAGUCCAGGGUUUUAUCAGAGUCCAGGGUCCCAUCUGAGUCUAGAGUCCCAUCAGAGUCCAGAGUCCCAUCAGAGUCCAGGGUCUUAUCAGAGUCUAGGGUCCUUUCAGAGUCCAGGGUCACAUUAGAGUCCAGUGUCCCACCAGAGUCAAGAAACUCAACAGAGCAACAUGGACGGACCAACACGUCACUGUCUCACCACAAAAUCCACAAGUCUAAAACCCAGCCUUCAUAUGUAUCUGAGCUCAGGAUCUCAUCAAAGCCAGCACAAGGACCAUCAUGGAACCAGAACAUGGAUCAUACACCAGAGUCUAAAAACCCCGUAGAAGUCUCACCAGUUUCCAAGAGAAAGUCACAGCUGUCCAUGAUACCAGAGUCCCAGCAUCAGCCAGAACCAUCAUUAUAUCUUUCAGAGACCAGGACUGAACUACAGGGGCUGGCAGAUCCAUCACAGACCACCGUCGAACUAAUCCUGAACCACAAGAAACCCAAAUCUGCAACCCAACAGUCAGACCCAUCAGAGCCCAGGAAACCGUCAAAGCAACCACAAGGACCAUUAGAGAACCAGAGCUAUACUGAUACACCAGAGCCUAAGACACUAGUCCCAUCCCAGUCCAUCAUACCAGGACAGCAACAAAACCUGCAAGAGUUCCAGUCCCAGUCAGGACUGAUACCAAGUGUGUCAGAGACCAAGUCUGAACCACAGGGGCUGGCAGAUCUAUCACAGACCACCGCCCAGCCAAUCUCCAACCAUGAGCACCACAAGUCUGCAAUCCAACAGUCAGAUCCACCAGAGUCCAGAAUACCAUCAAAACAGCCACAAGGACCAUCAAUGAUCCAGAGAAGGACUGUUAGACCUGAAUCUAAGACUCAAGUCUCAUUAGAGUCCACCAUCCUGGGACAGCAGCAACUCAGGCUGCCAGUGUUCCAGCUUAAUAUAGGACCACCAUGUCUUUUAAAGACCAUGACUGAAAAAGAGGACCUGUCUGGUCCACCACAGACCAACAGCCUGCCAGUCUCCAACCAUAGGAGACAUGAUUCUGAAGUCCUACAGGCCAACCCAUCAGAGUCCAGGAUACCACUAAGGCAGCCACACCAGAGUAAGUCAGACACACCAGAGUCUAAGACACAACAUCCAGUCUCAACAGAGUCCUAUACCCAGCCUCAGCAAAACUACAAGAACUACACAUCUGAAAUCCCUGGCUUGGUCCCAUCAAUGUCCAGGAUACCAUUAAAACAUGGACCAGUAAAUAAACAGAGGCAGUUCCAGCCAACAGAGUCCAAGACUCAUUCUCAAGACACAACCAUAAGUCUGGGAGUCCAACACCCAAGCCCGACGACAACAAGAGCUGUCAGAGUCCUAGCUUCAGCCAAGACAACAGCUAAGUCCGUCAGAGUCCAGGACUGAAACACAGGCACUGUGAAAACCCAACAGAACCCAACAUCCAGGAUCCAUCUUAUCACAAGAGACCAGAGUCGAGGAUCAUCAUGUGGAUAGAUGAGAGUCCAGAAUAGCAUCAAAACAACCACCAGGACUAGGGAACCAAAGGGUAACAUCAAUACAAACACAGGGACCAUUAAGGAGCCAUAAACAUUUAGAGAAACUGCAAGACUUCGAAGAACAAAGGCCGGAAAACCCAACAACCUGACCCCUCAGACUCUCCCCUCAGAGUCACCAUGAGCAUCAGGAUAAGAGUACCUGUUUGACUCACCAGAGUCAAAGAGUCAAGACUCACCAGAGUCUAAGAGUUAAGACUAACCAGAUUCCAAGAGUCAAGACUCACCAGAGUCCAAGAGUCCAAGAGUCAAGACUCACCAGAGUCCAAGAGUCAAGACUCACCAGAGUCCAAGAGUCCAAGAGUCAAGACUCACCAGAGUCCAAGAGUCAAGACUCACCAGAGUCUAAGAGUCAAGACUCACUAGAGUCCAAGAGUCAAGACUCAUCAGAGUCUAAGAGUUAAGACUCACUAGAGUCCAAGAGUCAAGACUCAUCAGAGUCUAAGAGUCAAGACUUACUAGAGUCCAAGAGUCAAGACUCACCAGAGUCUAAGAGUUAAGACUAACCAGAGUCCAAGAGUCCAAGAGUCAAGACUCACCAGAGUCCAAGAGUCCAAGAGUCAAGACUCACCAGAGUCCAAGAGUCAAGACUCACCAGAGUCCAAGAGUCCAAGAGUCAAGACUCACUAGAGUCCAAGAGUCAAGACUCCCCAGACUGCAGCAUCACAGCGCAUAAACAACCACAGCUGCCAGAGCACCAUCUAUAAACAAAUCAUCUACAAGCUCAGUCAGAGUUCAGGACUGAACCUCUAGAGCUGUAACCCGGCAAAGACCAGCAUCCAGCCGCAGUACAUCCCAGAUCACCAGAAGUCUUUUUUCUCACAACGAGACCCAUCAGUCCAGGAUACCCUUAAGAAACAACUAGGAUCAUCAGGGAACCAGAGCUGGUCUUUCCCAACAUCAGACAAACCAAAGCCCAAGAUACAAGCUUCAUCAGAGUCCAUCAUCCAAGCACAGCAACAACCAGAUCUACCUGAGUCCCAGCUUCAUUCAGGACUACCACAGAGUUUGUCCGAGCUGUAAGACCCAACACAGACCAACAUCCAGCCACAGUCCAACCACAGUCCAACCAGGGGACCGUGGACAGACCUGUAAACCCAAACAGACUCAGCCCCACAUUUUACAAACAACUUGUCACUCUGAAUCAGGCAACACUGAAUGACGGACCGCGGGCCGGAUCCGGACCAGGAUGCCUUCCUAUCUGGACCUUGAGCUUAUCUAGUCUUAGCACUGUGGUGUUUAAUGCCUCUAUGGUAGUGGAAUUUCAAUUGCACAGCUUUUACCACCUUUACGGUACCAAGAAUCCCAAGACCCUGAGUGAUAGGUUUGUUAUAAAUCAUCACGUGAUGCAUCCGCCAAAUCAGGAGGAGAUCAGUGAGUGAGGUAAAAGUGGACUAUGUGUCCAACACUGAAAGAGGAGGGGUCACUAAAGGAGAGAGACGUGACGAGGGGUGUUCUUAUGUUCUUAUACUGUCACACGCUGAUGUUCAAACUGUUUCUAUCACUUCUUUAUAAUAAAGAUGAUAAAAAGUA